AUGGCCCAGUGUGCAGGCCCUACCACUGGUGUCAGGACUGUGGAGGAAAACUGGGAAAGUAGAAGUGUCCUAAGUGAGCUACUGACACCUCCUUCCUGUCCCCAGUGGCACAUCUCCACAGAGGGAUCCAUCUUCUGCUCGCUGGCGACGUGGGACUCGGAGAAGGGCCUGAAUGGCAGCCUGCAGGAGAGACCCAUGGGCAGCCGCCUCCAAGGACUGACUCUCAAAGUGGUGACUGUCUUGGAAGAGCCUUUUGUGAUGGUGGCUGAGAACAUUCUUGGACAGCCCAAACGCUACAAGGGGUUCUCCAUAGAUGUGCUGGAUGCAUUGGCCAAGGCUCUGGGCUUCAAGUAUGAGAUUUACCAGGCCCCUGAUGGCAGGUAUGGUCACCAGCUCCAUAACACCUCCUGGAACGGGAUGAUUGGAGAGCUCAUCAGCAAGAGAGCAGACUUAGCCAUAUCUGCCAUCACCAUCACCCCAGAAAGGGAGAGUGUUGUGGACUUCAGCAAGCGGUACAUGGACUAUUCAGUGGGGAUUCUGAUCAAGAAGCCUGAGGAGAAAAUCAGCAUCUUUUCCCUUUUUGCUCCUUUCGAUUUUGCUGUAUGGGCCUGCAUUGCAGCAGCCAUCCCUGUGGUUGGGGUGCUGAUAUUUGUAUUGAACCGGAUACAGGCUGUGAGGGCUCAAAGUGUUGCCCAGCCUCGACCAUCUGCUUCUGCCACCUUGCACAGUGCCAUCUGGAUUGUCUAUGGAGCCUUUGUCCAGCAAGGUGGCGAGUCUUCUGUGAACUCCGUGGCCAUGCGUAUCGUGAUGGGAAGCUGGUGGCUCUUCACCCUCAUCGUGUGCUCAUCCUACACAGCCAAUCUUGCUGCCUUCCUCACAGUGUCCAGGAUGGACAACCCCAUAAGGACAUUCCAGGACCUGUCCAAACAAGUGGAAAUGUCUUACGGUACUGUCCGGGAUUCUGCUGUCUACGAGUACUUCCGAGCCAAGGGCACCAACCCCCUGGAGCAGGACAGCACAUUUGCUGAGCUCUGGCGGACCAUCAGCAAGAAUGGAGGGGCUGACAACUGUGUGUCCAACCCUUCAGAAGGCAUCCGGAAGGCAAAGAAGGGGAACUAUGCCUUUCUAUGGGAUGUGGCCGUGGUGGAGUAUGCAGCCCUGACAGAUGACGACUGCUCGGUGACUGUCAUCGGCAACAGCAUCAGCAGCAAGGGCUACGGGAUCGCCCUGCAGCAUGGAAGCCCCUACAGGGACCUCUUCUCCCAGAGGAUCCUGGAGCUGCAGGACACAGGGGACCUGGACGUACUCAAGCAGAAGUGGUGGCCACACACAGGCCGCUGUGACCUCACCAGCCACACCAGCGCCCAGGCUGAUGGCAAAUCCCUCAAGCUGCACAGCUUUGCUGGGGUCUUCUGCAUCCUGGCCAUUGGCCUCCUCCUGGCCUGCUUGGUGGCUGCCCUGGAGUUGUGGUGGAACAGCAACCGGUGCCACCAGGAGACCCCCAAAGAGGACAAAGAGGUGAACUUGGAACAGGUGCAUCGGCGCAUGAACAGCCUCAUGGAUGAAGACAUUGCUCACAAGCAGAUUUCUCCAGCAUCGAUUGAGCUCUCGGCCCUGGAGAUGGGGGGCCUGGCUCCCAGCCAGGCAUUAGAGCCAACGCGGGAGUACCAGAACACCCAGCUCUCAGUCAGCACCUUUCUGCCAGAGCAAAGCAGCCAUGGCACCAGCCGGACACUCUCGUCAGGGCCCAGCAGCAACCUGCCGCUGCCUCUGAGCAGCUCGGCUACCAUGCCCUCCAUUCAGUGCAAACACAGGUCGCCCAAUGGGGGGCUGUUCCGACAGAGCCCGGUGAAGACCCCCAUCCCCAUGUCCUUUCAGCCCGUGCCUGGAGGCGUCCUCCCAGAGGCUCUGGACACCUCCCACGGCACCUCCAUCUGACCGCGCCGCCUGCCCUCCCGCCCGCCCACCCACCCGACCAGCAGAGCUUUUUAAUACGAGAAAACGCCAACACAAACACACACACACACACACACACACACACACACACACACACACACACACACACACAUACUCACACAGAGACUCUUUCAUUUUUUCUUGUAUAUAUGUGUAAAUAAUGACAGAAUGGAGUGGGGUAAAAGUGUAUUUUGAAUAUUCCCAAUUUUCGAAGUCAGUAAAAAAAACACAAAAACUGUAUGAAUGACUUUGUAAAUUUUGUUCUAUAUGAAUAAAAAGGCAAAUUACUUGUGA